AUGAGGGCCGCCUACGACCGCGCGGCCGAGCUUCGCGCGCUGGACGCCACCUUCGCCGGCGUCCGCGGCCUCGUCGCUUCCGGCAUCACGCACGUCCCGCGGAUCUUCCGCGUUCCUGACGACGUCCACCGCCAUGAACCACCCAACGAGCCCACCGUCCCUGCCGGCGUCCAACAAGAACCUGCCGCGGCCAUCCCGGUGAUCAACCUUGGGUCCGCCGACCGCGCGGCCGUGGUGGGCGCCGUGGGCCGCGCUGCGGCAGAGUGGGGGUUCUUCCAGGUGACGGGGCACGGCGUGCCUCCCGAGUCCAUAGCCGCGGCGGUGGACGCGGCCAGGGCGUUCCAUGAGGCCCCCGGCGGCGAGGGCACCGACAAGGCGCAGCUCUACACGCGGGACCCGGCCAGGCCGGUCAAGUACAACUGCAACUUCGACCUCCACAAGUCCAAGGUCGCCAACUGGCGCGACACCCUCUACCUCCGCGUUGAUCCCAGCCCUCCCACCGCCGGCGAGCUGCCGGACUCCUGCCGCAGUGACGUGUUGUUUGACUACGCAAAACACGUCCGGAAACUGUGGGACACACUCUUCGGCCUACUGUCAGAGGCUCUCGGCCUUGGUCCUAGCCACCUCGCUGACAUGGGAUGCAACCAAGGGCAGAUGAUGUUGUGCCACUACUAUCCGCCCUGCCCCGAACCCGAGCUCGCCAUCGGCACCACCCACCAUACCGACGCUGGCUUCCUCACCGUGCUCCUCCAGGAUGGUGUCGGUGGGCUCCAGGUCCUCCACGAAAACCGGUGGCUCGAUGUGAAGCCGUUUCCUAACGCUUUAAUUAUCAACAUCAGCCAUCUCUUACAGAUUAUUUCCAAUGACAGGUUCAGGAGUGUGGAGCACAGAGUCGUUGCGAAGAAUGUCGAGCCUAGGGUCUCGAUCGCAUGCUUCCCAAGUAAUCCAAGCUCUACAAAAGUGUAUGGUCCGAUCAAAAAGCUGUUAUCAGAGGAUAACCCACCAUUGUAUCGAGAGACGCUUGCUAAGGACUAUACCUUGCAUCACCACUCCGUCGGAUUGGGCCCCAAGAAAGCCAUCAAUGAUUUCCGCAUAUGAAUUAGUUGAUGAAAUCUUUAUAAUUUUAGCAAUAGCAAUAGUUCGAUGCAACAAGAGACCUUCCAAACGUGCAUAUGUAUUGUUUGUUGUUGUCUAUUUGAGGGAGGCUUGCGUAUUCUAGAGUGUGUUUCCAUGCGUUGUACUAUCUAUAAUCAACAUAUACGUGCUUCAAAUCUUUA